AUGGACAUUGUUGCCACCCAGACGCAGCUGACGUGGCGCGCCAUCGGCGGCAUGGUCGACCUGUUUGUAUUCAUGGGCCCCAGCCCGCUCGAGGUGCUGGAGCAGCUGACGCGGGUGGUGGGGCGCCCAGCCAUGCAGCCUUACUGGGCCUUUGGCUUCCACCAGUCCAAGUACGGCUACUCGUCGCUGGCGCAGGUGCAGGGCGUGGUGGCCAACUACUCGGCGGCUGGCAUCCCGCUGGAGGCGAUCUGGCUUGACAUCGACUACAGUGAGUGCCCGCGCUUUGCGGCCGACCUGGCGGCCCAGGGGCAGAAGGUGGUCCCCAUCGUCGGCCCCGGCAUCAAGAUCGACCCCACCUAUGACGUCUACCUCGAUGGCCUCCAGCAGAACGUGUACCUCAAGAGCUCCGACAGCUGCCAGCCCUACGUGGGAUGGGUCUGGCCUGGCGGCGUCCACUUCCCGGACUUUGGGUGGAACCCGGAUGCCAACACCUUCUGGACGGAGCAGCUGCAGAAGUUCAGCGAGGCCUUCAACUACUCUGGGAUCUGGACAGACAUGCAAGAGAUCAGCGCCGCAGGCUGCCGCAUCCUAAACAUGCCGCACCCACCCUUGCCCGCCCUGCAGGCGGUGGGCGUCCUGGCCCAGCACCUGUCUGGUACCGUCGAGUACGAUGCCCACAACCUGUACGGCUUGACCAUGGCUCAGGCCACGGCCGCCGCCCUGGAGAAGAUCAAGCGGCAGCGCGCCUUUCUUUCCGCCUGGUAUCCCCGCCGACGCAGGUCGACGUACCCAGGCUCUGGCGCCUAUGCCGCGCACUGGACGGGCGACAACAACUCCUCCUGGCCCAACCUGCAGUGGUCGAUCACGGGGGUGAUCGCCUCCGGGCUGGCAGGCAUCCCCAUGGCCGGCGCCGACAUCUGCGGCUUCAGCGGCAACGUGACCACGCAGCUGUGCGCGCGCUGGAUGGAGGUCGGCGCGUUCUACCCCUUUGCCCGCAACAAC